AUGGCUAGCUUGUUCACCGUCAUGCUCGCGGGUGCUAUCAGAACACUAGAGCUUCUGGAGCUUCCCCUCGCGGCUUCGACAGUAGCUCGACCUGCGAACGACUGGAGCAAGCCGUGUUUCGAUGGGGAGUGUGCCUAUGAUCUCCCAGCAACUACAGGAGCAACAUCGGGUGUGCUGAGGAUAACUGGCGCUCCCCAUGCCAUCACAGAUGUCACGCCCGCUGCUGGCUGGGUUAUCCUUGAUUGCGACCCCAAUAUAUUGGAGCAGGAUAUUCGUCUUGUGUGCAGCAGCGAUGACGACACCGAAGCAGGGUGCAACCACCUUUUCCACGGGCACGGGCCAGUCAACAAGAUAGUUCGUUUACCAGAGAGUUGUGCCGGGGCCAAUCCCUUCGCUAGGAUCUCGAGGGCCUGGAUACCGGAGGACCAGAGACUGCCUCAGGCCGCUAAAGGCCAGGUCUAUCGAAGAGAUGGGGCAACACCUCAAGUACACGCCUUGAGUAUCGACACGAAUUGGGCUCAAAUCGACUCCACAAAUACCGGUGAGGUAUCGUUCGCAUUCCUCACUACGAACAACCCUGUUCCAAGAAACACCUACUUCGAGACGUCGUUGCUCCAACGGCGUGAUGUUUCAAAUUUCGCCGAGGCUGCUAUUGCGAACUACGUAGACUCUCCUGAGGUUGCGGACAAGGAUUUCAAUUUCCACAACACAUCCAAGAUUGUUGCUAAGCUCUUGGAGCCAAAGGAAAUCUUCAAGAAGGAACUUGAAUGCAACAAAGUCAAACUCUACGUCAAAGCAGAAGUCGAUUUCGACUUUGAUGGGCAGGGUACCCUCACUGUUUCCGGGAGUGGCCAGUUGACUCCGAAACCGUCCUUUUCCUCGUUCCAAGGGCUCAUCAGUAUUAAGGGUAAAUUCGCUGGCUCUGUCGACAUCACUGGUGGCCUUGAGGGAACCAUUGCCGACACCGGAGAGAAAACGCUCAUCACCAAGAAUAUUCUCGGCUUACAUAUUCCAGGCAUUGUCGACGUCGGCCCAAGGGUUUCUCUUCUUGCAAGCUUCGGCGCCAAGGUCGGCCUUGUGAUUGGUGCCAAACUCGAGAUCAACUACGACAUCCAGAAAGCCGAACUCGUUUGGCCGCCGUCCAACAGCAAGAAAUCCAUCGCCGAGUUUAGAUCGGGAAAUAAUGAGGUCAAGCUGACGGCUAAUCCAAAUGUCGCUGCCGUGAAAGGCUCGAUCGAAGUGCAUGUCAUUCCUAAGAUAAGCUUUGGUAUCAGCGCCUUCAGUGACAAGACAUCCCACGCGGUGUUCUUCCGAAUGGAUGGCAAGGGGGAGCUCACUUUGACGUUGGGUGCAGCGUCGGCUACUUUGAGCAACAAAGAGAAGCUGACGAAAGAAGCGUUUGUCGGAUGCGCGAAGCUGACAGGGGAGCUCAAGGCUGAGCUAGGUGCGGAAACCAAGUUCUUCAGUCUCUGGGAUAAGUCUACGAAGGCCACGGUUUGGAAGAAGGAGUACGAAAUCUGGGAGGCCUGCUAUCCGAAGAAGAAGAAGCGUUCAGCCUCACACCUUGAAUACCGUGCGGCUAUGAUACAAGACGACGACACCCUUAAAUGCCCCAGUGUAUUGACCCAGAUGAGCAAAGGCCUUGAAAUUUUCUCCGAUUUCGUGAAGGGUUCAUCAGUCAAAGAAGUUUAG